ACGGGCGAUUGCAGCAUCAGUGAUAAGAUAACGGCUACGAUGCGUGGUUUAGGAGCAAGGCUUGAACCAACAGUUGAAGAGAAUGACCCGAGGAUCAAAGACAUCAGAGUAGGGGAAGAAGGAAAUGGCACCCUCUCCAGCGAUGGCUCUUCUAUCCCAUCAGCUCUUCUAAAUACUCCUUUUGGACCCGUCCUCGUAGCCGCUGGCCCCACGAUCAUCUACACGGUAGUGUGUUGUAUCCUAUUCCUUGCUCUCCGUCGAAAGAUACCCAGGCUAUACGCUCCAAAGAGCCUGUCAGGAAUUCAGUCCCAACAAGCACGCAGCCCAGAACUGCCGGCUGGAUGGACCGACUGGAUAAAGCCGUUUUUCCAAAUUCAGGACACAUAUAUUCUGGAAAGGUGCUCUCUGGACGGUUUUCUUUUUCUCCGUCACCUCAGGGUUCUCUGCAUCAUCUGCCUCGGCGGUAUCUUUUUCGUGUUGCCGAUCCUUCUCCCCAUCCACGGAAUAGGGGGCAAAUCGCUCUCGCCUCCAGGAUCUCUGACAAUUCUUAAUCUGGACGAUUCAAAUAAACUCUAUGCCCACGUUGCAGUAUCCUGGGUGUUUACUGGUUUUAUCUUGUUCAUGAUAUGGCGCGAAUGUCUCUACUACAUCAACAUACGACAUGCCUAUCUUUUGUCACCCAACUACACAAGCCGCAGUUCUUCCAAAACCGUCCUCUUUACCGCCGUUCCAGCCCAGUAUCUGGAUGACGGAAAGUUACGCAAGCUGUUUGGAGAUUCUGUAGUCAACUUCUGGAUACCUAGGAUGACAGGAAAGUUGAAGAAGCUUUUACGAGAAAGGGAAAAGACAGCAGUUAAAUUGGAGGAGGCUGAAAUCACGCUCAUCAAGAGGGCCAAUUCACCAAGCAAAGGCCAUCCGCAAUUCAGCAUGACCCAUUGGGACUGGAUGAAGACACCAAAAUCCGAAUUCCAAGACCCAGAGCGUGGAACUAGUUGGGGAAAGAAUCAUCAAUCACCAACAGUCACCGAACUUCAAGCCAAAACUUUGGAUGGCCACAGCACGGAGUCGGUAUCGACAUACUCAGAGCACAGCCACCUUUGCGUCCACGAUUCGGACUUUCCAGGUCAAAAGCUAUCUCUGGAAUCGCAGAAGAUCGCAGCUUAUGCAAGGCCGAGUCACCGGCCAGUCAGCAAAUUUGGCCGCAGCGUCGACACGAUCAAUUGGGCCAGAUCGCACUUGAAGCUGCUAAAUGAACAGAUCGAAGAGCUGCGCCAGAAAAUCCAUGCUGGCAAAGGAAAGCCAAUGAAUGCGGUUUUCGUUGAGUUCGACUCCUCUGCCAAUGCACAAGCAGCUUACCAAACGCCUACGCACCACCAGCCGUUUCAAAUGUCUGAAACAGUCAUCGGCAUGAGGCCGGGGGAGAUUGUCUGGGAUUCUCUUCGAAUCCCGCAGUGGCAGCGACUCAUACGCGAGUACGUCGUUGUGCUCAUCAUCAUCGCGUGCGUUAUCAUUUGGUGGAUUCCGCAAACGCUCGUGAGCAUAGUGGCGAGCCCCGCCUUUCUCGAGCAGCAAAUGCCCGACAUCAACAGAUUUCCGCAACUGGCCACGAACAUCAUUUCUGGCUUGGGACGAGCGAUCCUUUUAUGGCUCUUGCUAGAGACUGUCCCUUUUUUCUUGAGAACAUGCGCCAAAUUCACAGGAUCGCCAACUCUCUCCGCCGUCGAGUUGUUCGUCCAAAGCAGAUACUUUGUCUUCCAGGUUCUCCAGAUAUUCUUGGCCCCGACGCUGAUGCCGGACAUCACAAGAGACCCCAGGUCUAUCCUUUCGAUCAAUGUGCCGAGGGCGUCCAACUUGUAUUUCACGUAUAUUCUAGUGCGGUGCUUUUCGGCUGGUGCUUGGGAACUGACGCAACUCUGGGAGUUGUUUCGGCACCAAAUCAAAGGUAAGUUCUCCGGAACCCCACAGGCUGGCUACAAGAGGUGGUAUGAUCUAAGUGUUAUCCACUGGGGUGGUGUGUAUCCCGUUUUUACGAAUAUCGGAGUAAUCGCCGUUUGCUACGCUUGCAUUGCACCUCUCAUCCUCGUAUUUGCAGCAACGGGGCUUGCCUUUGUGUACUUUGUCUACAAGUACAACCUGAUGUACGUGUACGACACAAGGACGCUGGAAACGACGGGCCUGUUCUACCCUCGGGCUGUUAUGCACAUCAUAGCAGGGCCAUACCUGGCCCAAAUAUUUUUUAUUUGCUAUUUUGUUCUGCUCUCUGCAUGGGGGCAGCUGGCUCUGAUGGUAUUGCUGUCCUUCUCGACUGUGUUUUUGCACAUCUCCAUCAGAAACGCUAUCAAUCCUCUUCUUGACAACUUCCCUAGGACGCUGAGCCAUGACGAUGAGCAUGCAGCGCCGCAAGAGAACAGAGAGAGCGCGGCAGAAUCGGGCUUCCUUCGUCGUCGUGGCGUCAACACUGAUGUUUCCGCGGGAGAGCUGCCUGUCGACAUGGAGGCCGCGAAUCCCCCAUGGGAUGUCACGCCAGCAACCUUAGACGAAGCUUUUCUAAGCCAGCAACCGCCACAGCCAAGCAAAAGCAGUACAUACAAGAAGUGGUUCCGGCCCCUGGCUUUUGAGAGUUUCGAAGUGUUGCAACGCCUAGUUUCCCACACACCUGCGGAGGAAGAAUUCCCUGCCGAGUACGAAUCCCAACGUUACCUGCCUCCGGAGGUUUGGCUUCUGAAACCAAAGCUAUGGAUUCCCCGCGAUGAGGCUCUUGUGAGUCAACGAGAGAUUGCUCUUACGAGAGAGGUGCUCCCGAGUUUCGACGAUGGAGCCUGGCUUGACAAAAAAGGCCGAGUGAAGUUUGAUCUGGAAGCCGCACCGCUCAAGGAUGACCUUCCUCUAUAUCAACAGAUGCGCCUUAUCCUAUAAUGUUAUUAGAGA